AGUGGGAUGACGUAAUGGGCCCGCCAUUACAUUGCAAAAACACACACAAUAUUCUUAAUUUAAGCACAAAUGCAUUUUUUUUCCACCGGGGGUUGAUGAAGGCGGCUGCAAUGCUCCGAAUGCAAUGGGUAAAAGUUGCAGCGGGGCUGCAGGGCCGAUGCAAAGAGGCGAAAGGAAGGGAGGGUUUUUUUGUGAGGAUUGCAGGAGCAUUGCAUCAUCCGGCCGGCUGUCAAUCACCGCCCCCUGUCCCGGGGCCGCCUGCAGCCUCCGCGCGUCUUUGCAUCAGAACAAGCCGCCGACAGCAAGAUGAACAACAUGAAAACCUCGCUCUCUCCGCCAAAACCGCAGCAAGACCACCCCCGACCAUUGCAUCCUCACCAAUGCAGAGCCGCGGCGACCACCAGAUUCUGUGCGGGAUGAAGGACACCAACUCUUCGAGAAGUCCGUUGCUACUGGGAGCUGACAUGGAGUCUUGGCUGGAAGACAUCGACAGCCUCCUCACCCCUUUCUCCCCCAUCCCAUCUCCACCUCCGCCAGACCCGUCCAAGCCUGACCUCUCCCUGCUCGAUGACCUAGAACAUCUCCUUGGCCCCUGGCGUGGUGGGACGGAGAAGGUGGAAGAAUGUCCAUGCAUUUUGUCUCUAGACGACUUGGAAAGACUCCUGGAAGAUCACCCUGAGAACCCUGAACAAUCUCUGGAUCGACGGGAAUUCCGCGGAGUUUCGCCGGGAAUGCCGGCCGGAAAUUCGACGGCGCUUCCAGUGAACGGAUCAAGGGAAUCUCGUCCCCCUCCCUCUCCAGCCCGUCAGGCGAGGAGGGGGAAGAGGCGUAGGGAGGAGGUGGAGGAGGAGGGGGAGGGGGAGGGGAGAGCGGAGGAACUGGAACGGGAGAACCAGAGGCUCCGAGCUCGGAUCGAGGAGCUGGCCCGCCAGGUCCAGGACACGCGGAGGCUUCUCAUCGAGCGUGUGGUGAACUCUAGCUGACAAUUCCUUCCUCCCCCUCCCAGGGGCUAGCAGGGAGUAGAUGGGCAAACGGUCUCUUGACUUCCUUACCCCCCCCCCCCCCCCCCCCCCCCCCACAUAAAAUUUGGUGCAGGAGCAGGCCAUUUGGCCCUUCGAGCCAGCACCACCAUUCACUGUGAUCAUGGCUGAUCACCCCAAUCAGUACCCCGUUCCUGCCUCCUCCCCAUAUCCCCUGACUCCACUAUCUUUAAGAGCCCUAUCUAACUCUAUCUUGAAAGUAUCCGUGGAGAAAAGAUGAGGUGCGAAGGUAAGCUAGCCAAGAAUAUAAAGGAGGAUAGUCAAAGCUUCUUUAGGUAUGUGAAGAGGAAUAAAUUAGUUUAGAUCAAUUAGUGAACCGGCCUCCACCGCCUUCUGAGGCAGAGAAUUCCCACAGAUUCACAACUAUCUGGGUGGAAAUGUUUCUCCUCAUCUCAGUCCUAAAUGGCCACAGACUCACAACUCUCUUGGUGGUAAAGUGUUUCCUCGUCUCCGUUCUAAAUGGCCGACCUCUUAUUCUUAAACUGUGUGUGUGGCCCCUGGUUCUGGACUCCCCCAACAUCGGGAACAUGUUUCCUGCCUCUAGUGUGUCCAAUCCCUUAAUAAUCUUAUAUGUUUCAAUGAGAUGCCCUCUCAUCCUUCUCAUCUCCAGAGUGUACAAGCCCAGCCGCUCCAUUCGCUCAGCAUAUGACAGUCCCGCCAUCCUGGGAAUUAACCUGGUGAACCUACGCUGGGCUCCCUCAAUAGCAAGAAUGUCCUUACUCAAAUUUGGAGACCUAAACUGCACACAACUCUCAGGGUGGAAAAGUGUUUCCUCAUCUCUGUUCUAAAUGGCUAUUCUUAAACUAUGGCCCCUGGUUCUGGACUCCCCCAACAUCGGGAACAUUUUACGGGGAUAUGGGGAGAAGGCAGGAACGGGGUACUGAUUGUGGAUGAUCAGCCGUGAUCACAGUGAAUGGCGGAAGGCAGACAGGAAUGCUGGAGAAACUCAGCGGGUGAGGCAGCAUCUACGGAGCGAAGGAAAUAGGUGACCUUUCGAAGAAGGGUCUCGACCUGAAACGUCACCUAUUCCUUUGCUCCAUAGAUGCUGCCUCACCCGCUGAGUUUCUCCAGCAUUUUUGUCUACGGUAGAUUUUUCCAGCAUCUGCAGUUCUUUCUCAAACAUGCUUGCUCAAAGGGCCGAAUGGCCAACUCCUGCACCAAUUCUCUAUGUUUCUGAGAUACAGCGCGGAAACAGGCCCUUCAGCCCAUCAAGUCCGUGCCGACCAGCGAUCGCCCGUUCACACACUAGUUUAGUUUAGAGAUACAGCGCGGAAACAGGCCCUUCGGCCCACCGAGUCCGUGCCGACCAGCGAUCCCCGCACAUUAACACUAUCCCACACAUACACACACUGGGGGACAAUUUACAAUUUUACCAGAAGUCAAUUAACCUACAAACCCGCACAUGUUUGGAGUGCGGGCGGAAACCGGAGCGCCCGGAGAAAACCCACGCAGGUCCACGUGCACAAACUCUGUACAGACAGCACCCGUAGUCGGGAUGGAACCCGGGUCUCUGGUGCCGUGAGGCAGCAACUCUACCGCUGCACCAUCGUUACACCAUUGUAUAUUCUUCACUGUUAAGUGCUUGUGUUUGCUAGCUCCGACUAAAGUUCGCAGUGUCUUGUAAAAUAUACUGACACCAUCAGAUAAUUGCAACUAAAUCAUCGUUUACUAUUAAUGUUGAAGAAUUGUAUUGUGUACUAGUAAUAAAUAUUCUGUAAUAAAUCAGUCUGAAGGGUCCCGACCCAAAACAUCACCAUCCACGUUCUCCAGAGAUGCUGCAUGUCUGACCUGCUGAGUUACUCCAGCAUUUUGUGUGUCUUUCCUCCAGUUGCUCCAGCAAUUCCCACAGAUUCACCACCCUCUGACUAAAGAAAUUCCUCAUCUCCUUCCUAAAGGAAGUCCUUUAAUUCUGAGGCAGUGCCCUCUGGCCCUAGACUCUCCCACUAGUGGAAACAUUCCUCUCCACAUCCACUCUAUCCAGGCCUUUCACUAUUCUGUACAUUUCAAUGAACCCCCCUCAUUCUUCUAAACUCCAGCGAGUACAGGCCCAGCGCCGACAAAUGCUCAUCGUACGUUAACCCACUCAUUCCUGGGAUCUGUUCUUGUAAAACCUCCUCUGGACCCUCUCCAGAGCCGGCACAUCCUAAAGUGUUGGAGUAACUCAGCGGGUCAGACAAGCUGCAUCUCUGUGGAGAACGUGGACAGGUUGAAAGUGCUGGAGUAACUCAGCGGGUCAGACAUGCAGCAUCUCUGGAGAGACGGAACAGGUGAUGUUUCGGGUCGAAACCCUUCUUCAGACUUGGGUCAAUAUUGUUGUGUGUGAGACGAAUGUCUCUUUGUUACGAAUGAUCACAAUUUCAACGUUAUCUGUUGCUCUAAACAUUGCACAUAAUUUAUUAAAAUAAAUGUUCACACCCA